AUGCAGCCCGGAGCCAGAAACGGGGAGUUCCUCCUGAAAUACCUCCAGGGUGUGUGUGUGUGCGUGUGUGUGUGCCCACGCGUGGACAAACGCCCCAGGGCCAAGUUCCCUUUCUGGGGCUUUCCUAGCGCUCUCCUCCCACAGGCUCCGAGGAGGAAGCAGCCGAGAGGCUGCGCGGCGCCGGGCGGAGCGGCGAGCUGCCGGGAGCGGCUGGGGCGGUGGCUGCAGCGGCUUUCCAUCGGCUGGCGGUACCACGACGGGAACAUCUACUAUUUCUCAAGAUCAAAAAAGACCUGGGAGGAUUCAGAGGCCUUCUGCACUGCAGUGAAAGCCCACCUGGCCUCCAUCAGCAGUGCGGAAGAGCAAGAAUACAUCGCCGGGCAGGCGGGGAAUUUGCAGUACUGGAUCGGCCUCACCGACAGGGUGAAAGAAGGCACCUGGCGCUGGGUGGACGGCACCGAGUACAAGCCAGGCGUCAGGUGAGCGGGGCCGGGCGAGGCGCGGGUCCGGCGCGGCAGCGGCCGGCUCUGCCCGGCGCCCCGACGGGCUGGCGGCGCCUGCCGUCCCUCGGCCGUGCUGGGGGCGACGCUGGAGGCCCGGGCAGCCGCCGCUGAGCUCCUGCACCCGCUGCCCCGGACAACUGGAGUGACAGGACCGGACGGGGAGAGGAUUGCGCCCACCUGCAGCUGCAGCUCUCCCACCGCUGGGACGACAAGGGCUGCAGCUCGCCUCUGCGCUGGAUCUGCAAGAGGCACUUGGACGCGGCCGGGCUGUGACGGGGCAGGUUCCGGCCUCUCGCCCGGGUCCCAGCCCGGCCUCCGCUGAGCCCCAGCUUCAGCUGCCGCCGCCGCCUGGGUUGCCCCCCGCCCCUUGCUGGAGCAGCUCCCCCCUCCACCACCCUCUCUGCGGCCCUGGACCAUCCGCUGCCCGCUGUCCUCCUCGGGGACCACGGAGCUUCCCACGGGACGCCCCGUCGGGGGUGUGGGGGGGGAAGGGUCCUGCUCUGCUGCCCGUGGGCGAAGGAGGACAGUGCUGUGCGAGGUGGCACCACGGCCCCCAGGCUGGGACCCCCCCCCCCGGGUGGCCCCAGGAUCCCACUGCGCCCUUGUCCUUAGGGGGUAGCUCAGCACCCUCGGAAGGGGGGGCAAUCGUUGUCUGGAGCGAGAUCCCCGAAGCUUCCACGGUCUGCAUUCCUGCUCUCUGUUUUUAAUUAAAAAGCCCAAUUCAACUGUA